AUGGAAAUUGCUAAAUUAAAGAAAAAAAACAAAAAACAAACGCUCUCCUUAGAUGAGACGGCACGUGCUGAAGCACUAAGGAGGGCGAACCAAAUAGGGAGUGGUUCGGCCACGGAGGAGCCAUCGAAGCUGGAGAGGCCACUGAAAGCCGGGGUACCUACCGGAACCCCAGCCCAGGUGGCUGAUCCGGAGACGACGGAUCCUUCGACAGCUGAGCCCUCUAAAGAUAAACCGAGGACGGCUGAGAGUGGGACACCUGUUGAACCCUCGAAGCAGGUCAUAGAUCCCGGCUGGGAGAUCAGGUGCAAACCGAGAGGGAAGCCUGCCCAGACCGAAACAGACCCACCACGGCGGAAGAAGCUUUCGCAGAAGAAGAGGCAGCGGCUCCAAAAGCGAAGAGAAGCAGAUGGCCGCUCCUCUGAGACCAAGCAGGAGGUUGACGCCCCGCGGGAACAGGACGCGGGAGCGACGACGACUGCAAAACCAACCCAGGCAAAGAAACCAGAAGGGAAAGCCAAGAGGGCACGCCUGGACGAAACCCCCAGAGGCGACCAUAAGAAGCAACGGAUGGACGCCUCCUCGGGGACAAAGGAACCACCCUCCUCCUAUGCGGCGGCAGCAGCGGCAGAUCUGACGGUGGCGAUCACCAACGUUCGCACGGGCAGACUGACGCAGCAAGACGCUGCAGAGGUGGAGCAGAAGAUCGGGGACGCCAUCUUCCAGGCGGCCAUUGAGACCGAUCUGGAUACCGUAGUGGAGGCCCCAGCGUUCUCGGGUAGACCCAGUUUUGUGGAUGGGUACCUGAAGCUGUGGUGCCAGAACGCAAACACCAAGGCGUGGCUGAUGAAGUGGUUGGAGUCGGCCACCCUUCAAAACGGAGACCAUCUAGUUGGAAAGAGGGAGGACGAGAUGGUUCGGAACAUAAGGUGCGGUAUCCUGAUCCCGUCCCUAGAAGAAAAUCUCACCAAGGUUGGAAGAGUCCUAAACUUUCAGAACCCCUGGGCCAUGGUGAGGAAGUGGACUCUUCAUCAUGCGAUCCCCCUUAAGAAAAGGGCCUGCACCCUACUCCUGGUGGGAAUACCUGAGGACGUUGUUCAAGCGGUGAUGGAAAAGGGAAGGAGACUGAACUACCUAUGUGGGACAGUCUACAUCCGUUUCCAGCACAGCGGAGGGCGCUUCAGAGAUUCGCCACCGAGGAAGAACACACCGGAGGGGAACAUAGACAGAGGGGAGGACAACACCGCAGAGAGCGCACCCGCAACGAACACCCCCUCUGCCAUGGACACUGACAACGCGGAACAACACACCUCCAACAUCGAGGAAGGCAUUCUGCUGGACUCCGAGGACGAGGAUGGCCUACCAAAGGGGUUUAGUCUCCUGGACCUAAAGGGAAAGGCGGCGGAAGAAUUAUCCUCCGAUGCUGCCUUCCCAAUGUAAGGUCCUCCAGCACCGAACUACGGAACCGGAG